UAUUGGAUCCCGAGCUCGGACAGAUGGCGUCGGUGCCAACAAGUGGAGGCCAAUCAUGGCGCCGGCUCACACUGCUCGCCUCCUUGGAAGCUUUAUCACAACCCCAACUACUCCCCGUACGACGACCAUUCUUCCAGCGUCUCCUCCUCCCUGCGCCCUUCUUGUCAGAGCAAGGACUCGCCUAUGAUCGUUGUUCUCGACGGCAGCGGCAUUGACGGCGGCAAGGAGGUGGAGCUGGACCAGGGGUACGGCGCCAUGUCGUCGGAGCUGGAGCUCUGGGUUGCGUGCAUCAGGGAGCUGAGGGCGGAGAUGGAGUUCGAGAGGCGCAUGCGGCGCAAGGCGGAUGCGCUGAGCGAGGCGCUUGCCGCGGAGCUCGCGGAGGAGCGCCGGCGGGGUGAGGCCGCGGAGGCGGAGUGCCGGGCUCUGCGGGAGGAGGCCGGCGCCGCGCGAGCAGAGUCGGAGCGCGCACUGGAGGAGGUCGAGGAGGAGCGGCGGAUGAUGCGCGUCGCCGAGCUCUGGCGGGAGGAGCUGGUGCAGAUGAAGCUCGCCGACGCGCAGGCGGCGAUGGAGGAGAAGCUGCGGGAGAUCGACGACGCCGUCGCCGAGCUCCACGCUACCGCUGCCAGCUGCAACAAGAGUAGCUGCAGCAGUAGACCGAACGGCAGCAACUCAAACUCGACGAGUCAACACGGUCAACAGAGCCCGAGCCGGAGUCAGCACGGUCAAUUGCACCGGCGAGAGGCCGGCGGCGGCGAGAACCCGCACAUCAGGAGGGGGAUCAAGGGAUUCGUGGAGUUCCCGAGGGCAGUGCGCGUGCGGCCGCGCGAGGAGAGGGUGGAUCUGGUGUCCAACCUCGAGUGCCAGCGGGCGCAGCUGCGUGUGCUCAUGCAGCACCGGAGUCCGGCCGCCGGCAUGGGUCUCAUCGGCGCAGCAGAGAACCUGGUCGUGCAGUGUACUAACGUGAUGUAAGGAGGUGCUGCCUCCGUUUUCCCUCUGUUUCUUUUCUUGUUCCUGACUUCUUGGCUCUGCCGUUUUGUUCUCGGCAUUCACAUUUUGGUAUCGAAUGCUAGCCUGUUAUCCGUGUAUUUUGAUGCUAAACAUGUAAUCUACUACUAUAACUUUGUACAAAACCAUGGCAAGAAAGAACUACGCAAAUCAGUAC